AUGACUUCUCUUGCCGAAGCUACAUGUUCUGAUCCAGACCGUCCUAUGGCUGGGUUGAGUGCGUUUGCUGAUCAUGCAGUUGCCUCUGGGUGUCAUCAAGUUUGGAGGAGAGGAUGUUGUUGUGCUCCUGCAUUCUCGCCAUUUCCCUUUGCAGGGUUUCCACGCGGGCUUGCAGAGUAUUUGGCCAAACAGGCGUCUCUGUCCGCGGUGUGUGAAGCAGGGGAGCAGGGCUUGGCUCGCCACCGAUGCCGAGGAUGGGGCCAUCGGCAAGGAGGGACGAAGAUGGAUUCAUUUUUUGGUCUCAGAGUUUUUGAUAUAUGGAAGAAAGGUGAGCAAAAGUCCGAAGUAUACGCGUCAGAAGACCAAAGGAAGUUGAAGACCGGAAGUUGCAUUAAUUAUUGGAACCUCACUCUUAAACUUCAUCAAAAACUUCAUCACAUUCACAACAGCAAAUUAGAAAAUAGAGGUAAGGACACACGCACCAAUUUUACAGAUCAUUUGUACAAGGCCUUGUCCGAUAAGGGGAUCUACACCUUCAUUGAUCGUGAGAUUAUAGGAGGAGAAAAAAUCUCACCAGCACUUCUCAAAGCAAUUGAAGAGUCACGGAUUUCUCUCAUUGUAUUCUCUGAAAACUACGCAUCCUCAAGCUGGUGCUUGGAAGAACUCGUUGAGAUCCUUCGAUGCAAAACAUCAAAGAAACAAAUAGUUUGGCCCAUUUUUUACAAAGUGGAUCCGUCGCAUGUACGAAACCAAACAAAUAGUUUUGGUGAUGCAUUUGCUGACAUUAGCUGCAGAUUUAAGGAUAGUACGGAGAAGAUGCAAAGAUGGAGAAGCGCUCUUAGACAAGCAGCAAGUUUGAAAGGAUAUACUUGCAAGGCGGGAGAGUCUGAAGCUACAUUUAUCAACCACAUCGUUGAAGAGAUCUUAGUUGUAGUAUUGAAACGCACAUUUUGGAAUGUGGCCAAGUACCCAGUUGGAAUUCAGUCUCAAGUACAAGAUGUGGAAAUGCUUUUGGAUGUUGGUGGGAAUGGUCGCUUCAUGGUUGGGAUAUGGGGGGCAUCUGGAAUAGGCAAGACAACAAUUGCAAAAGCUAUAUGGAAUGAAAUUGCCCAUAAGUUUGAAGGAAGUUGUUUCUUGCCAAAUGUUAGAGAAAAUUCAAUGCCACAAUAUGGAGGCUUAAUCCAACAACAGGAGACUCUCCUUCAAGAGAUUCUUGGAGGUAAAAAGUUGAAAAUUGCCAGUGCUGAUAAAGGUAUCUCUAUUAUACAUAAACUAUUGAGGCAUAAAAAGAUUCUCUUAAUUCUUGAUGAUGUGAAUCAGUUGGAGCAAUUAGACAACUUGGCUGGAGUUGGUUGGUUUGGUGAGGGUAGUAGAGUCAUCAUAACUACACAAGAUAGCGGAUUGCUAAAAUGUCAUGGAAUUGAGCUGAUAUACGAGGUCCAAAAGUUAUUUGACUACCAAGCUCUUGAACUUUUCAGUUUGAAUGUCUUCGGAAUUAAUGAACCUCCAAAUGAUUAUUUGGAACUCGCACAACGAGCAAUAGCCUAUGCUCAAGGCCUUCCACUAGCUAUAACACUUUUAGGUUCCCAUCUUCGUAAUAAAGGUAUACAUCGUUGGCAAGCUAUAUUAGAUGGUUACGAAGGAGAACCUUAUUUAGGUAUUCAGAAAAUACUUCGAAAAAGUUAUGAUGCAUUGGAAAAUUCAAUGCAACAAGUUUUUCUUGACAUUGCAUGCUUCUUCAAGGGUGAAGAUAAGGACUAUGUGAUACAAGUACUAAGAAGUUGUAAGCAGAAGGUCUCCCAAGAUUGUAUAGAAGUACUCAUUGAGAAGGCAAUCAUAACUAUUGAAUGUAAUAGGAUUUGGAUGCAUGACUUGCUAGAAAAAAUGGGAAAGGAUAUAGUUCACGAAGAGUGCCCCAUUGAGCCUGGCAAGCGUAGUAGAUUAUGGUUUCAUGAGGAUGUCUACCAUGUUCUAACUGAAAAUACAGGCACAGGAAAAAUUAAAGGCAUCAUGGUGGAGUUUCCCAAGCCAAAUGUGAUAACAUUGAAUGCACCAAGCUUCUCUGGGAUGGACAAUCUUGAAAUUUUCAUAAAUCGUGAUGCAAUUCUAUCUGGACACAUUAAAUAUCUACCCAACGAGUUGAGGUUCCUUGAUUGGGGUCGAUGCCAAUUGCAUUCUUUGCCAUCCAAGUUUUGUGCAAUGCAUCUUGCUGUGUUCAAUAUGCCUUGUGGUAGUAUCAGAAAGUUGGAAAAUUUUAAGUAUAUGCCAAAGCUGACAUCUUUGAAUUUGAGUGGUUGUCAAUUCUUAAAAAAAAUCCCUGACUUAUCCGGAAUCCCAAAUGUAAAGUGGCUGAAUCUAAGUAAGUGUACAAGUUUGGUUGAGGUUGAUGAUUCUGUUGGACUCCUUGAUAAACUCGUUGAAUUGAAUCUUGAUGGAUGCUUUAAGCUUACAAGGUUUGCAACAACACUUAGAUUGAAAUCCCUGGAAAGGCUUUGUCUACGUAAUUGUGGAAGGCUUGAGAGCUUCCCAGAAAUAGAGGACAAGUUGGAAUCCCUGGUGAUUUUGAAUAUCGGAGAAAGUGGCAUAAGAGGAUUGCCAUCAUCAGUUGCAUAUCUUGCUGGGAUUACAUAUAUGAGUGCUGGUUAUUGUGACAACCUUACAUUUACGUCAUUGCGUAGGAUAUAUGGAUUGCAACGUCUCACUACACUUGGCGAUAAGGUGAACUCUGACUCAAACAUCUCAUUAGCGCUUCCCAAGCUAGUUUUCUUUAAUCUCCAAGGAUGCAAUUUAUCAGAAAGUAACUUCGUCCUGCCUCUUGACUGCUGGCUCACGUUUACAUUUCUUGAUCUAUCGGGAAACAAUGUUUUCAGAGGUCCGGGAUGCAUUAGUAAAUUUGCCAACUUAUGGUUUCUUAGAUUAAAUGGUUACAAGGGGCUUCAGGAAAUUCCAGAAUUGCUUCGACCAAGUGUAGAUCGGGUACUCUUGCCUAAUUGCACAUCAUUGGAAAAAUUUCCAAAACUUCCCCAGGGGGUUCGGUGGCUGGAUUUGGUCAAUUGUCAUAGACUAGGUGCCUAUGAGAUCACAGAAAAUAUUCUUCUGAAUAAGGUUUCUGUCUCUUCUCUCUCUCUCUUCCUCUAUAUUAUUGUUGAAGUUUUCAGACUAUGAUCUGAUUAGGUUUUGGAUUAUUGAUGAAGGAGCUCAGAAAUUAAUGAAAGGGGAAAGAACACAGAGAAAUUAGAGAGAACAAUCGCAGCAAGAAUGAGUC